GUCCAUUCCACUAGAAUGAUUAUGAGAGUGAAGUCUAGCUAGUGCAAAGUGCUAGUGUAAUAAAAGCUAAUUAAAGUAGCUUGUAUUAUUGUAAUUAUAUUUAAACAUUAAAAAAUAGUGUUUAGUUACAAAUUACUCAAAAUGGCCCCAAAAUCGGCUGACGCGAAUGGGGUGCUCUUCGAGUCUGAUGCGGCUACGCCCGAUCUGGCUCUCCCCAACCGUCCAAUUGAACAAGCGGACGAUCAGCCAAAGCAACUAGUUUGGAGGAAUAUUAUUUUGUUUGCUUACCUCCAUCUCGCUGCCAUCUACGGAGGUUAUCUCUUCCUGUUCUCCGCCAAAUGGCAAACGGACGUAUUUGCCUACAUACUGUACGUGAUGUCGGGGCUAGGUAUCACAGCAGGUGCUCAUAGACUUUGGGCUCAUAAGUCUUACAAAGCGAAAUGGCCGCUCAGACUCAUACUUGUCAUGUUCAACACAUUGGCUUUCCAGGAUUCGGCGAUAGACUGGGCACGGGAUCACCGCAUGCACCACAAAUACUCUGAAACGGAUGCCGACCCGCACAAUGCAACACGUGGCUUCUUCUUCUCGCACAUCGGAUGGCUUCUAGUGCGCAAACAUCCCGAGCUGAAGAGAAAGGGCAAGGGGCUCGACAUCAGCGAUUUGUACGCCGACCCGAUACUUCGAUUCCAAAAGAAGUACUAUUUGCUAUUGAUGUCGAUCGGGUGCUUCAUCCUGCCUACAGUGAUCCCUGUUUACUGCUGGGGCGAAAGCUGGAUCAACGCCUUUUUUGUCGCAGCGCUAUUCCGUUACGCCUUCAUACUUAACGUGACUUGGCUUGUGAACUCUGCUGCACACAAAUGGGGCGACAAGCCCUACGAUAAGAACAUUAAGCCCUCCGAGAACAUAUCCGUUUCCAUUUUCGCGCUCGGCGAGGGCUUCCACAAUUACCACCAUACAUUCCCCUGGGAUUACAAAACCGCCGAACUCGGUAACAACAGGCUAAAUUUCACAACAAACUUCAUCAACUUCUUCGCCAAGAUCGGUUGGGCAUAUGAUCUGAAAACUGUGUCCGAUGAGAUAGUCCGCAAUAGAGUGAAGCGCACUGGCGAUGGGUCACAUCACCUUUGGGGCUGGGGUGACAAGGACCACUCGAAGGACGAGAUGGAUGCUGCUAUUAGAAUUAAUCCUAAGGAUGAUUAGUUUAACUUCAGAAACUGUUCUUUUUAGCACAAUAUCCCUUCUAACUUUUCUGAAUACUACCAAAAUAUUUUGUAAAAAAAAAAUUUAGCCACUAAAUUUGAUCUUUUAAAAGAUCUGGACAUAUAAUGUCGUUAAUAUAGUUUAACGUAUAUAAGAAAGACACUUAACAUACUCAAUACAUGUUUGAAGCAAAGCACUUAAAUGUCUAGCAAGUUAAGCAUUUUAGAGACAGAGUUUGUGUAAUGACUUAUUGCAUUUUAUGUCAAUGAGUAAUAAAUAAUAUUUUUUUUACCUUCUACUUAAUGUUGCCAUGUGGCAUUGUAUAAUGAAGUAGAUUACCAGUUAUUUCCAGUCAUGAUAGCUUUCAUAGAUUCAGCAGUGUCGGUGCCUAAAGACAGUAUUAAAAUUUAUUUAUGUGUUGUUAAGUUAUAACCAGCUUAGUUAUUGUUUUUAUGUUUUCUCGUAUUGCGUUACUUUUUCUUAGAUUCACUACAGAUAUUAUUACGUAACUAAUGUAGUUGUUAUUUAAUGCAAUUGAGGCUGGUCAAACUAAAUUUAAACUGUCUUCUAAAUAGCACCAACUUAAAUGUCGUUAAAUAUUGUGUCGUUGCUUUAGUUUUUACUAAUUGCAUCAUAUCAUUAUAUUAGCUAUUAGUUUAGAGGCCCAUUUCUCAAUGGUCUGAUGAAAGUUAUUCAUAGGAUAAAAUAAAACAUAAACUAAUUACAAAUCACGAAUCAGCUCAAUGGUUUCACUUUUAUAUUUUGUCAUCUUAUAAUUUAUUUGAUGGAUAACUUUUAUGUGACGAUUGAUAAUCAGCCUAAAGUGAUAAACAUAUAAGACCAAAAACAACAAUAACUCAAGUUUGAAAGGAAACACUACUUACAUAAUAUUGUAAUUUAUUUGUUUAUUUUUACAAAAAUAAGUGCGUACAAUUGGUAUUUAAUUUAAAUAAAGCUAUUUGUUUCUUAUUUGCUUACUUAUAAUCGGUCAAUUAUUAUUAAUUUGACUAACAUUUUUUUUAUUUUAAUGCGACAUAGUUUUGCAGUUAAUUCUUAUUUAUUUUUAUUUAUGAAGCUUAGUGAAUCUAAAGACAAUAUUCAAGCUUGGAUAAUUUUUUAGUUACAUAUUCUUUCCUUAUAAAACAAUCGUUACUUACGAUUUAUAAAAUCAUUGUGAUAUAUUUAAGAGGGUAAUUAGAAUGUAGAAGCUUUGAUUUGAUUGUGUUUAAUGUUGAUUUUUUAUGUUCCUUAGGAGUAGAAUAAUAAACUAUGCGCUUUAUGACAUUAUAACAAUAAUGUACUUGCUUGUGUCAGCUAUAAAUUCACAUUAUACUGAGACUGAGAAAAAUAGUGUUUUAUUUCUAUGCAACAUCCUGAUAUUCCUAUAAUAUUUAAGGUUAAUUUCAAAAGAUUGUCUAAACGAGGACUGGUAUUUUUCCCAUCUAUAUUUUGGUAGUGUGAAGUGUUGAAUAUUUAUUAUUAAAAUUAUUAAGCAAUCAAAUCAAUUAUAGCUGCAGCUACCAAUCAUAACUUAUAGAAUAAAAAUAUCUAAUAAAAAUGGUGAAUUUAGAUAGUGUCAUUAUACCCAUACUCUGUCUGUCUGUCAUACUAUCAAAUUCAAAUUCGAUGAUUAUUGAUUUAUUUAUUUAUUUUUUACCUACUGUCAAUUUUCCAUUUAAUGCCUGCAAAUUAGAGAUUUAUUUUACUACUAAAUCGAAUCUAAGCAAAAAUUAACAAGUUCGUCUUUUUGAAGUUUCGUACUGAAUAAAAUUAGGUUGGACGAUUAGUACUAUAGCUUUUGUAUUUUCAGUGAACGCAAAUGCUGUAAAGUUUUUCCUAAUGUUUCAAACAAAAUAUGUUCUUUCACACAUUGGAACAUCCACAUACACAUCUUAUCCCUUUAGUUCGUUAUGUACCUACUAUGGACAUUCUUCUAAAACGUGGAAACACGUUGAGGACUUCCAAAAAUCGCACUCACUUACAAAUAAAAUUUCAAAAACAAAUUACUUUAUACACAAUACAUAAUAAAACAUUUUUAAUUGUUGAAUAAUUAACAAUCAAUACAAUAAUUAUUUGUAGUACAGAAUAUUAUCGAUAUCACAUAUCAUAGUACCGAAUGUCAUAAUUAUCCAGAUGAUAUUCGGUACUUUAUAAAUAUUACCAACAGUGCUAUGGAUGAUUAGUGAUUCUAAUCCUUUUUAAUUUAUUACAGACUUAUGAGAUGAGAUGAUGAGAGGGGGGGGGGUAAAAUUUUCCGAAUUUUGCCGCGAUUGUUAUCAGAAAAACUCACGGGAUGUAAUGGAUAAGUGGGUCCUCUUACACCACCACUAGACUGCAUUAAAACUAAAAGCAAAUAUUGUCCAGAAACUCUCCUAGGAUAAUUAGGUUAUAAACUGAACAUUGACUCAAGACCCGUGUAAUACUCUAUAUUACGAAACUAAAUUGUUAAGAAAAAUAAGAACAAAGCGCACUUUAUGUUUUGAAAUUACACUAUCAAACAGCAUAUUUAGUUUUAGCAUUUUUACACGAAUGAGGAGCCUGUCUGGACAGAACGACGGCGUUCUUAUUUCGUUUCCGAAACAGGCUCGAGUCGCUUUGUCAGCGCACUUCGUAUCAUAUACUCUCCUCGUAGAAGAAAUCCUGUUCGUCGCAUUUGUCAGGAAGGCACACGAAAAAUUCGAUUAGAUUCAUAAUCGGCCCUCUUGAAAAUGGAUUCUGGUAACGACCCCUCUUGUCCCUCAAGUAAGGAUACCUUUUGUAGUUAAACAUUUCAUUUGUCGUUAAGUUCAUGCAGGCAUGUAGAAUCUGAAAAAUAACAGCAUUCUGUAAUGGUUAUGUACAUAAGUGUAACUAAUGCUUGUUGCAAUAUACUUGCGGCGUAUGCAAAUAUUAAUAUUAAAUGUUAUAAUAUGUCUUAGAAGAACAUGUAGUAUCUGAU